AUGUUCGCUUGCAUGAAUGUCGUCCUCUGGUUGUCUGCCGUUGUGUUCUUAACCCAGGUCGCAGCCUUUCACUACGAGGCAGACGGACAAGUAACGUUGAAAUCUCCCUUAUCCGUUGCCUACGGUACGAGUGGGAAUGCCCCCGAGCCAGUGUCCCGCCUGUUGUCAUCCAUCGGUUCGGACGCUUUCACCACGCUUUCCCACCCACGCUUUCCGAACCAUAGUGUGAGGGUGAAGCAAACCCAUUUCUGCGACCCUACAGUGAAUGUCUAUACUGGAUACCUCGAUGUCGCAGCUGGCUCUAAGCACCUCUUCUUUUAUUUCUUCGAAAGUCGGCGCGAUCCCGCGAAAGACGAUGUCAUAAUGUGGAUUAAUGGAGGUCCUGGGUGCUCGUCCUCCAUGGGCCUUCUUAUGGAACUUGGGCCGUGUAACAUUGACAUAAACAACGUCUCGUCUAAUGGGACGGUUUGGAACCUAUAUGGAUGGAACGAGGAGGCAAAUAUCUUCUUCCUCGACCAACCUGUCGGCGUUGGCUUCUCGUACACCGACUACGGGGAGAGCGUCGGAACGACGGAAGCCGCAGCGAAGGACGUGCAUGCGUUCAUCAGUAUCUUCUUCGAGACAUUCACCCAAUUCGCGGGUCGUCCGCUGCAUCUCGCGGGAGAGUCCUAUGGGGGACGCUACCUUCCUGUCUUCGCGAGUGAGAUAUGGGACCAGAACAUAAUCGCACAAGCCCAAGGACAACCGACGAUCAACUUGCAGAGCGUGCUCAUCGGAAAUGGGAUUACGGAUAUCUCAACACUGUACCCAGGCCGAUACGAAGUAGAAUGUAGCACUGCGUCGCUGGACGUACCCUUCCAGUCUAUCACAACGUGUGUGCGUAUGAAGACUGCUCUCCCACGCUGCCAGAAAGCCUUGCGCGAGUCGUGCAUCGAUACCUUCGACGCCAUGAACUGCCAGGCGGCGGUCAAUUUUUGCGAUAGCGAGCUAUCUACGGGAAUGUGGGCUUCUGGGAGGAACGUGUAUGAUAUUUCCAAGCCAUGCGAAGGCGAGCUCUGCUACAAAGAAGUAGCCGUCAUCAAAGCCUACCUCGACCAGCCUUCCACUCGAGAGCUUCUCGGCGUGUCCCCUUCCGCUCCAACCAAUUUCUCCUCGUGCUCCUCCAACGUAGGCACCGCCUUCGCGUCGCACAUGGACAAAUGGGCCGUACACACGCAGGACUACGUUGCCAACCUCCUCGAGCGUGGCGUGCGUGUCCUCUUGUAUGCAGGAACACUCGAUUGGCAGUGCAAUUGGGUGGCAAACGCGAUGUGGGUUGACAAACUGGAGUGGAGUGGGCAGAAUGGGUGGAAAGAUGUUGAGUGGCGCGAGUGGAAGGGCGGAAAGGUGAAGGAGAGCAAAGAAGGGCUAUUGGUGUUUGCAACUGUGAACGGGGCGGGGCAUAUGAUGAGUCUUCCUUGCGUUUAUGGAUUAGCUGGACACUGA